AACAAGGUUAGCGAUUUCCGUUACGUUACUUACGUUGGCUUACGAUGGAAGCCAAAGCUAUAGAGCUUGCCCAAAAGCUGCAAGACGCUGCAGACCGCUCGCCGGCUGAUCAAAAGUACAUUCUCGGAGUGAGCGGCAUUCCUGGGUCAGGAAAGACGACUUUUGUAAAUCAACUUGUUCAAAAGGUGAAUGAUAACUAUCGCAAGAAAGGGGCCACACAAGACAUUGCUAUCGCAGUGUCCAUGGACGGAUAUCAUCUGCCCAAAUCAGCAUUGGACAGAAUGGAGAACCCUGAAGAAGUGCACGCUCGACGUGGAGCACACUUUACCUUUGACCCCGAUGGCAUUAUCAAUCUUUUGAAGAAGCUUCGAGACCCUGAAAGUCAACAUGUUGCGAUCAAGGCACCAUCGUUCGACCAUGCUAAAGGAGACCCUGUAAACGAUGAUAUUGAGAUACUUCCAAGCCACAAAAUCAUCAUAAUGGAAGGUAUCUAUCUACAACUUAAGCAUCCUGAACCAUGGGACAAAGUACCGUCCUACUUUGACGAUAUGUGGUACGUGGAUGUCGACCUCAACGAGGCUAGGACUCGCACGGGCCAGAGGCACUACCAGGCUGGAUUAGAACCAUCUGUCGAAGCGGGAAUAGCUCGUUUUGACCGCAACGAUUAUAUCAACGCUCAAUUCAUUUUAACCCACCGAGACCCUAGUGCUAAGUCCAUAAAGAGUAUAUCGGAAAAGCAAUAAAUUCGCAAAGACACACACACACAAAGCUACUGCUGACCAUUGAGGGAGGGUCAAUAGGUGUUUAUAGAGUGAACCUUGACUUCAUAAAGGUUAUAUUGAAAAAACAAAACUAAAUGCUUUAGCGAAGUCGGCGAGCCUCACGCUCAGACUCGAGCA